AUGUCCUGCAACAGCGACGUUCACCAACAGUCCCUAGCAGCAAGUCAGCAAUGCAACCAGCGUGAACAGCAGCGACAUUUGGUCCCAGGCAGCAGCACAGCCAGAGACUGGCCUGGCACCAGCGCCACAGCAGCAGCAGCACCAGCAGGAACAGCCAGCAGCAGCAGCCCCAGCAGCAGCAGCAGCCAGAGCAGCACCGCCCAGCAGCCCCAGCAGCAGCAGCACCGCAGCACAGCAGCACCAGCAGCAACACCAGCAGCCUUUAGGCCAGCAGCCCCAGCAGCAGCAGCGCAGCACCACGCAGCAGCCAGCAGCAGCCCAGCAGCCAGCAGCAGCCCGCAGCACCAGCAGCAGCAAUCACGCACAGCACAGCAGCAGCCCCAGCAGCAGCAGCAGCAGCUAGCAGCAGCCAGCUCCCAGCAGCACCACAGCAGGCACCAGCAGCACCAGCAGCAGCACCAGCAGCAGCAGCAGCAGCAGCAGCAGCAGCACCAGCAGCAGCCCCAGCAGCAGCAGCAGCCCCAGCAGCCCCAGCAGCAGCAGCACCAGCAGCAGCAGCAGCCCCAGCAGCAGCAGCCCCAGCAGCAGCAGCACCAGCAGCAGCAGCCCCAGCAGCACACCGAGCAGCCCCAGCAGCAGCAGCCCAGCAGCAGCACACAGCAGCCAGACAGCAGCAGACAGCCCCAGACAGCAGCAGCAGCACACCAGCAGCAGCACACAGCAGCAGCGGACCAGCAGCAGCCCCAGCAGCAGCAGCCCCAGCACCAGCAGCCAGCAGCAGCAGCACCAGCACACCAGCAGCAGCAGCCCCAGCAGCAGCAGCAGCCCCAGCAGCAGCAGCCCCAGCAGCAGCAGCAGCCCCAGCAGCAGCCCCAGCAGCACCAGCAGCAGCAGCAGCACCAGCAGCAGCACCAGCAGCAGCCCCAGCAGCCCCAGCAGCAGCAGCAGCACCAGCAGCAGCCCCAGCAGCAGCAGCAGCAGCAGCAGCAGCCCCAGCAGCAGCAGCACCAGCAGCAGCAGCAGCAGCAGCAGCACCAGCAGCAGCAGCAGCCCCAGCAGCAGCAGCCAGCGCAGCAGCACCAGCGGCAGGCAGCAGCCCAGCAGCGCCCCAGCAGCAGCACCAGCGAUGCAGCCCCAGGCAGCAGCAGCAGCCAGCGCAGCAGCCAGCAGAGCAGCAGCGCGCCAGCAGCAGCAGUAGCCAGCAGCAGCAGCACCAGCAGCCAGCAGCAGCAGCAGCAGCCGCAGCACCAGCAGCAGCAGCAGCACCAGCAGCAGCACCAGCAGCAGCAGCAGCCCCAGCAGCAGCAGCAGCAGCACCAGCAGCAGCAGCAGCAGCCCCAGCAGCAGCACCAGCAGCCGCAGCAGCACCAGCAGCAGCAGCACCAGCAGCAGCAGCAGCAGCAGCAGCAGCACCAGCAGCAGCACCAGCAGCAGCAGCAGCAGCAGCAGCAGCAGCCCCAGCAGCAGCAGCACCAGCAGCAGCAGCAGCACCAGCAGCAGCAGCAGCACCAGCAGCAGCCCCAGCAGCAGCAGCAGCACCAGCAGCCCAGCAAGCAGCAGCAGCAGCAGCCGCAGCAACAGCAGCAGCAGCCGCAGCCACAGCAGCAGCAGCAGCAGCACCCGCAGCAGCAGCAGCAGCACCAGCAGCAGCACCAGCAGCAGCAGCAACAGCACCAGCAGCAGCAGCAACCAGCAGCAGCAACAGCAAGCCGCAGCAGCAGCACCAGCAGCAGCAGCGGCAACAUAUGA